UUAGCUUCGCACACGGCGGUCGUAUAAUCAAAGAUCGUAUAGCGCCGCUAUCUUUGGUAUAAUAAGCGGCUAGCGUUACUUUUGUGAAAAAGUAGACAUAAGGCCUAGGCCUAGGCCUAAGUCAUGAAACAUGUUUAACGGAAUUUAGUGCAUUGAAUGAAAUCAUAAUUAGGUUUAGAAUAGGAGCACAGGACAGAAAAGACUGCCUGAAUGUACUACUACUAUUAUUAAACUACUGGAAUGCUAGAUGUAUAGUAAUGCUUUCCUGGGCGAGCACAUGUUGCAAUGGAGCCUGCCUCCUUGCAGACUGAUGUUAGUGAUGACAUCACAACCUCACAUCACAUGACCAGUGUGGUAACUAUCAAAAAUGAACCUGAAGAUGCUGAUUACGACAUUGUGGAGCAAAAUGUAAAUGAAAGUGUCGAUGCUAAUUGUGAAGACCAUGAAUUUAUACUUGUAAAGCAAGAAUUUAUCGACGUGGUGGAGGAGAGUCAUGCAGAUUUUGAGGAUGGUGAUGAGAAUGAUGAUGAGAGCUGUAGUGAUGAUGCCAUCCAGAUAGAUGAAAAUUCAGAAACUGACCAAGACCAUCAUCAGUCAGUCACAGGACUUAGAAAGAAACCAAUUGGUAACAACCCAUUUCAAUGCUUGUGGUGCUAUAAAAUCUUCACAGAUAAAGAAAAACUAACAAAUCAUGAAAUCUCUCACACAAGACUCAAACCUUACCAUUGUACUUACUGCGAGAAAAAAUUCUCACGGAAUUCCCACCUUCGACGACAUGAGAAAGUGCAUACUACAGAGAAACCUCAUAAAUGCAGUAUGUGUGAUAAGCGAUUCUUUCAGAAAUCUCACGUACGACGGCAUGAGCGUGUGCACACUGGAGAGAAGCCAUACGCAUGCGAUUUAUGUGAUAAGAGCUUCUCUGAUGGCAGCUUGCUGCAACGACAUCAGUUAAUCCACUCAGGGUUAAAGCCAUUUCAAUGUCAAGAUUGUGGGAAAACGUAUAACCAGCAUGUCCAGUUGACAAUCCAUCAGCGUACCCACACGGGCGAAAAACCAUACCAGUGUAACUGGUGUGGGAAAAAGUUCACACACAGUGGUACAUUACGUGCACAUGAGCGCACGCAUACUGGAGAGAAGCCAUAUCAUUGUAAAGAAUGUGGUAAGAAUUUCUCACAGCAUUCACAUUUUUCUCGUCAUAAAAAAACUCACGUGAAAGGCAAGCCCUUCCAAUGUAACAUCUGUUUAGAUAUAUUCCAGUAUCGGUAUGACUUAGAGGUGCAUAUAUUAACGCAUCCCAACAGUAAACCUUUUCAUUGUGAUCAAUGCAACAAGAAGUUCGUAUCAAGAAGCUCCUUAAAACGCCAUUUAAAGAAACAUGAAACACCGGUGAUUUACACAUGUGAUUACUGCAAGUUGACAUUUCCAGAUCUCAAAGCCCUCUGUGCACAUGAAGCAAUACAUUUAGAUGAUUCACUACUUAUUUUACAAAAUACUGAAAUGGUUGAAAAUGAAACUGAUGACGAAAUUGAUGAGAAAAAUAUGACAGAAAGCAACUUGACAACUCAUCAAAGAUUGGUCGCAGCCAAGUUGAUUACAAAGAAACCAUUUCAAUGUCAGGAGUGUAAAAAACGAUUUUAUACAAACUCUCAUUUAAAAGAACAUGAGAGGAUCCACAGUGGAGAAAAGCCAUACAAUUGUCGUUUCUGCAAAAAGGCAUUCUCUCGUAUCUCGCAUUUGAACAGACAUGAAAAAAUACAUUCUGGUUUUAAGCCAUUUCACUGUGAUUGGUGCGACAAAACUUUUGUACAACUGGCGCACAAGAAACGCCAUGAAAAAACGCACAUUAACGCCAAAGACAUUCUUCCGCAGUUACCAAAUACAAAUAACAUAGUAGAUGAUAGAUAUCAGGAACCAGCCUUAACAGUCCACAAACUUGAUAAUUGUGUGGACAACCAUGAUUCUGACCAAGAGCUGGAGAUUCAAGCUAGCAACCAUCAGCAUUUGUCAAAGAGCCAUGGGCUUGAUCAUCAGGAUGAUUCAGUGAACUAUCUCUCAGAUCAGAUGCAGGAGCAAGUCAAAGAGCCUGCAUUUGAUCAUCAGGAAGAUUCAGAGAACUAUCUGUCAGAUGAUAGUUGCCACCUUCAAGACUCUUGCAACCAGAUGCAAGAGCGACAGCAGGUCAAAGGCCCUGAGCUUCAUUAUCAGGAUGAUUCAAAGAAAUAUGUCCCAGAUAAUAGUUGCCACCUUCAAGACUCUGACAACCAGAUGCAAGAGCAAUAGCAAAAGUUUUAAAGUAGAUUAUGCAAAAAUAAUACAGUUAAUGGUGGUAACAUCAAAUCUUUACUGCAACAUGUUAAAAUGCCAGUCAGAGUUUACGCUAUGCAGUAUUUUAAGAGGCUAUUGUUGUUUUAUUAAAUUACAGUACACAGAAAAAACACUAUAUUUUUACAUAUUUUUAUACCACAUAUUAUGAAUGGUAACCAAUCAAGCGAUUAUUUGAUUGUUCAAAAUUCUUUGAGAAGAUGGUAGUGCUGUAGAAGUGUUUGUACUUACUAAUCAGUAAUUAAUUGAAAUUUACAUCCAUCAUCAUAUCAUAAUAAUCUGUUGGAAGAACUUCCAAAUAUUAUAACCAACUACAUUUUAAAAGUUAAUUCAUGCAAAUUACAGUACGUGCUAAGUUACUGUGAUUAGUGACAACUACUGUAGGAUCAAUUGAUACAGUUAAUUGUAUUGUAAUAGUAUUUUUAACAGGCAUUAUCACACUACAAUAAUGCUUUAACACAAUCUAGUAAAUGUUUAGUAUGCAAUUGAUUUUUAUCAUGAAUAUAAUAUGGUGCUUUUAGAACUGAAGUGUGCUUUAAGAUUUGCUGUAAUACAAUAAUCAUAGUAUUGUGAAUAAGUGGGGGCUAAGCCUUCAUAAUAUAUUUGUUGUACUGUACUAAAACCUUUGACCUUUAGCCUUCAUAAGUUUAUACUAAAAAGUAUCAUUGAAGAAAAUUUCAUCAUGAUUUCACCCUAACUAUUGUUAUACUGUACAUGCAUAUGGGGCAGUGAUUGUCAAAUUUUAGUGAAUAUUAUUGCUGUCUUAUAUACAGUAUAACUGAAUAUGUCUGGUACAGUAAUUAGCCUGAGUAUUAAAUUAAUAAAUUAAAAAAAAUUAUAUCCACAAUGAAAUAUUUAAAUAAUUGAUUACAAAUUAUGUGAGAAUUGUCCUUCUAUUAGUGAUUGUGUUAUCACUGCUGAGCUAAUAAUAUAAACUAUCGAUAAAUUUGGCAGAUAGCAUAUUUAAAGCUAAGUUUUUUUUAUAUUUAAAUGAUUGUAUGUUAAAAUAAAAAUUGUAUGUGCUUUGUCUACCCAGGUUCUACCAACCAGCUUAUUUAUAUAUUUAUGCAAUAACACUCAUGCAAUGUUGAUAAAUAGUUCUGUAGGUAGAGUGCUGUACUCUUUGUUAUGAUUAUUUUUUUGUGAUCCAGCAUAUAUUCUGCCAAUCAUGCUGAAAAUGUCAAAAUCCUGAGCCAUUUGCUGAGAUGUAGUUUAUAGCAGUGUUGGCUCCAGAAAUUUUCCAACAUUGGGUCCUGGAAUUAAAUCCAUGGUAGAGUAGAUUUUGCCCAGGUACUAUGGCCCAAAACAAUAGGGUUUGACAAUCAAAACAACAUUUGCAUAGUCAAAUUAAUAUAUUUGGUCUGACAAUCUUGUGGUGUCAGAUGGCAGGGGUUCCAGACCUGUCUGACAGAGAGGAAGUUCCCCUUCUAAUCCUCCUGGCUGACAGUCUCAAGUGUAGUGAAUUUCCAUUGACAAGCUCAAGCCCUCAUUGUAAAAUUCAGGGAAAAAAAAUGAGUUUUCUUUAUUUUUAUUACGCCUGCUGCUGGCUUCAAAUCUCCAAAAAUAAGAUAUAUAUAUUUCUAAGAAAUUCCUAAU